CGACACUGCACAUCUGUCAUCACAAAUCGCACAUAAACAAGUUGGUAUUGCUGACUCCAGAAGAAUAGUUUUAGCAUUUCUGGACAACUUUGAGCUUUAAUUUCAUUCGAAUAAAUAAAACUGGAGAAGUGAAAUGGCGUUCGUUAGCCACAACAUAAUGCUGCAGAUUAUUGAGCCAACAUUUAAGAUAUAAGACUGGUUUAAAAACAAGGCAUGCUUUGAUAAAUCUGAACUAACAAUUCGUUCUUUGCCGAACAAAUAUUUGAAAUCCGUGUGACAAUGUCUGAGUACCCCAAAUGACACUGAUAUUCGACCGUAAUUUAUAUCAACAGUAAUCAAUGUAGCUUUUGCUCCAAUAUAUGCAAUGAGGAAUUCCACCAUGUGCUGGUCCGCUCUCGUCACGAACAGAAGCUUAUAACUAUCCUGCAGAAGAUAAGCAGUCUCACUUCCCAGCUGAGCAGUUAUCCUACAUGCGACAAAUGCCAUCAAGACUUCAUAACCGUCCACAACAUUCCCGAGAACUGCUUCCAAAUUAUGCCUAUGACCAAACCGACUGACAUAAAGAUGGAUCCAGAAUUAAUGAUUGAUGACAACGAGCUUCCGGAUGAUGAAAACAUUUUUGAGAGAACCUCAACAGUGAAUUUUGGGCCGAUCGAACAGGAUGACGAAAUGAAAAUCAAAACAGAAAACGGAGAAGUGUUCUUUAUCAGCGAAAAGGACGAAGACGGCCAUUUGUCCUCAAAUCCGAAUGCUGAAACAAAUACACAAAGAACAACGGAAUUGGAUGCUUCAAAGGAGGAAGUUCACCCAUCUUCAAUAAGUCUUAAAUGUGAGAAAGGCUCCGUGGAAGAAGGAGGGUUACGUAUUAAAUGUGAAAUGUGUGAUAAAACAUUUGUUUCAAAAACCAGACUAAAAGUUCACAUUCGAAUGCAUACGGGCGAACGUCCCUAUGCCUGUCCACAUUGUCCGGAGGCAUUUACGAAGGCUGCGGUGCUCCAAGGCCACAUUCGAACUCAUACGGGAGAAAAACCGUUUAAAUGUGAAAAGUGUGAAAAAACAUUUGGCCGGAAAUACGAUCUCAAAGUGCACGCUCGGUCUCAUACGGGUGAGCGUCCCUAUUCAUGUCCACAUUGUCAGAACGAAUUCAGGCGUAUUUCUCAUCUCCAAACACACAUUCGAUCUCAUUCGGACGAACGUGCUUAUUCUUGUCCAUAUUGUCCGAAAACCUUUAAGACACCUGCAACACGACGAAAUCACAUUCGAACUCAUAAAGGAAAACGUCCCUAUUCUUGUCUACAUUGUUCGAAGACGUUCAUAAAAUCUAUGGAGUUCAAACAGCACAUUCGAACUCAUGUUGAACGUCCAACAAAAACUGAUUUGAAUUUGGACGAAAGUUUGAUGAAAGGCCACAUCCAAUUACACACGAGAAAGGAACCAAUUAAAUGUGAAAAUUGUGAAAAAACGUUUGACUCAAAAUAUAAACUAAAAGUGCACUUUCGAAAUCAUACAGGGGAACGUCCCUAUUCUUGUCCUCAUUGUCCGGAGACGUUUACAAAAUCUUCAGGGCUCUAUAGCCACAUUCGAACUCAUACGGGAGAAAAACCGUUCAAAUGUGAAAGGUGUGAUAAAACAUUCAGUCGAAAAUACGAUCUCAAAGUGCACUUUCGGUCUCAUACGGGUGAGCGUCCCUAUUCGUGUCCCCAUUGUCAGAAAGAGUUCAUGCGUAUUUCACAUCUCCGAAAGCACAUUCGGUCUCAUUCGGAUGAACAUCCAACUAAAAGUGAUUGGAAUUUGGACGAAAGUUUGACGAAAGACCAUAACCAAUUAUUGAAGGGAAAGGAUCCAUUUAAAUGUGAAAAUUGUGACAAAACAUUUGAAUCAAACUAUAGACUAAAAAUGCACGUUCGGACUCAUACGGGCGAACGUCCCUAUUCUUGUCCACAUUGUCCGAAGGCGUUUACCAAUUCUUCAGUGCUCCAAGGCCACAUUAGAAUUCAUACGGGAGAAAAACCGUUUAAAUGUGAAAGGUGUGAUAAAACAUUUAGCAGAAAAUACGAUCUCAAAGUGCACGUUCCAACGCAUACGGGUUUGUUGAAGAAAGCUCAAUCAACCAUUCAACAGAGUCAUUUCGUUGCAGGAGAACGUACCUAUCCCCGUUGA